AUGAACAGCAGAGCUCACUUCUUGCUGCAAAGAGAAUUCCAAGAGUUGAAGGACAACGAUUAUAAGGGUAUUGUUGCCUUUCCUGUAAGUGAAGAUAUGAUGGAAUGGGAAGCUGAUAUUGAAGGUCUACAGGAUACAUUUUGGCAUGGAAUGUCCUUCCAACUGACAAUAAACUUUACACCGGAGUAUAAUUUUGUCCCUCCAGUUGUGACAUUUAGAACCAUUCCUUUUCAUCCAAAUGUAGACCAACAUACUGGUCGACCCUGUAUAGAUUUUUUAGACAGCCAUGACAAGUGGAACACAUGCUAUUCAUUGAGCAGCAUCUUACUUACCCUCCAGGUUAUGCUUUCUAAUCCAGUGCUAAAAAAUCCAGUGAAUUUGGAAGCUGCCCAGAUACUGAUUAAAGAUGAAUCUAUGUAUAGACAAAUAGUUCUAAGACUUUUCCACGAGCCAUUUCAAUUGAAAGAUGACAGCUCUGAGUCAUCUAAAGACACAGACAAAAGUAUCAGAUCAAUUAAAAUUUCAUUUGAUGAUUACUAUAAGACAUGGUCUGAAAUAGCUACAUCGAAACCUACAAAAUAUCACAGAAAUUCAAUGUUUAAAGAUCUAAAUUUCAUUGGACAGUAUUAUAAGUGGAAGAAAAUGGAGCUGAAACAUUCUAAAGAAUGGCAUUUAAAGUAA